AUGAAUCUCCGUAUUGCUUGUGUCCAAUUCAACCCUCGUGUGGGUGAAUUAGAGAAGAACAUUGCCAAAGUUAAAAAGUUACUAGGCGAUGCCUUUGCUCAGAAGUCAACUAAAGAAAAGGAGGUAGAUUUGAUAGUUCUACCUGAAUUAGCUCUUACUGGGUAUAAUUUUGAUAGUCCGCAACAUAUUAAGCCAUUUUUAGAGCCCACACCUCCAGGAGAUGGAGUUAGCUUCUUAUUAGCUCAGGAGCUUAGCAAACAAUACAAAUGCUUCACUUUGAUUGGAUAUCCUGAAACAACUCCACAACAAGUGACUCAUAAUUCAUGUUUACUUACUGCACCCCUGGGAAGCUUACUUGUAAAUUACAGAAAGACUUUUCUUUACGAAACUGAUAAACAAUGGGGCUGUCACGAGAAUCCCGAAAAGCCUGAUGAUUAUCCAUUCUUUCCUAAAUUCGACAUUAUAUGGGAUAAAUCCUAUUACCUUAAUAGAGAUGGCGAAAAGGACUACAAGCCAAUCCGUACUGCACUCGGGAUAUGCAUGGAUAUGAAUCCUUAUGAAUUUACUGCGCCAUUCAAUAAGUUUGAGUUCAGUCUUAGUUGUUUGAUUAACCAAGUCAAACUUAUUCUUUUUCCAACAGCUUGGUUAUCAUCAUUAUCACCAAGUAUUGAAGAAGGUUUGUCUAGUGAAGAAAAGCUGAAAUUAGCUAAACCAUUUGAAAAGUUUUGGGAUACUGAAACCUCUGAAACUUCUGAUGAUCCUUGUGAUCCAACAUUUAUUGCACAUGAACCACUGAAAAGCACGAAUGAUUAUUGGAUAUUACGCUUCUUUCCAUUUCUCAAUCAUCCCAUGAACCAAUUGCCAUCAUCCAAGGUGACAGUGGUUAUCAAUAAUCGGGUAGGAGUUGAGAAGGACAUUUUGUACGGUGGAUCUUCGACUAUAUUUCAGAUGGAUCUGAGUAUCAAAUCUACGAUAGAGCUGACUGGUGCAGAUAAUGAAAGUGUAGAAGUUCUUGGUUGUUUAGGAAUGGGAGAGGAAAGUGUCUUGAUUCGAGAUGUCACCAUAGAAUAA